AUGGUGUUUUCUCGCGAACAGUUCAUUAGCAAGGUCCAAAGCCUUGACGAGACACAAGAUUCAAUUGUCAGUACAUCCAAAUGGAUUUUAACACUAUACAAAGAAGCAGAUAAGGUAGCCACAACAUGGGUUGAAUAUUUGUCAAAAAGUUCAAUUAGUACAAAGCGUAAACUAUUGGUGAUAUAUCUAGCCAAUGAUAUUGUACAACAAGCAAAGCAUCGCCAAGUGCCCAACUUCGACAAAAGUUUUGGAAAGGUCUUACCAUCUGCACUUGAGAAAGUAUAUGUUGAUUUUCCUUCAGAUAUUAGAAGCAAAGUUAGACGUGUGGUAGGCAUUUGGAGACAACGUAGGGUUUUAUCCGAGAGUGUGUUAGACGAUAUUGAUAAACGUCUUGAUGCUGUGUCCUCUAAGUCAUCUCCAGGACCUGUUUCUGGGAAAGCUGAAAAGAUUAGCACGAAUAGUGGCAGCGGCAAAGUGAAUAAGAAAUGGAGCGCCAUAUCAUCUGCAUACGACAAAAUCGAGCAACAAGAAAAGGCCUACGCAACACUAAGAUUGAGAUUUGAUAAAUCGAUCGAGGCUUUGGAACCAAAUAGUGUAGUAUACGCAGAGAAUUUUAAUGUUAUCAGCAAAAUUGGAAAUUCUGUCAAGGAAUCUUUGACAAAAUCUAUAGGUUUACGAACUGAUGUAAUAACACAGCUAGAAAAAUUGAUAACCGAACAAAAAGACUUGCUAAAUAAAGAACAAGAUUCUAUAAACGAAAUUGAUUCAAUGAUUAUGGACAAAGAUCCAUCCAAUCUAAAUCAAACACUUGCAGCGGAUGACCCCGAUUUAUUACCAACAUACGAGAACGACGAUGAUAAUGACGACGAUAGUAGCAGCAGUGAUAAUGACGACGAUAAAUCUGAAGACAACAAAAGACUAUCUAACAACACUGAUGACUCGUUAGUGGGCUCAAACUCGGAAAAGUCGAGCAGCGAAGAACCAAAUACAAAGAAACAGAAAGUUGAAUCAAGUAAUCAAAAUCCCUCUAAUUCUUCGAAUUCUUCAACUGCAUCGCCAUCAAAGAAUAAUAACAAUGUUACAAUUGCAUCAAGUAUACAGGAUUUAUUAAGUAGACUCGCUGAUUGA